GCGAAGAUCAGGAAGAAUUCAAGUCAAGCCGGUGAUACCUUUAAUGGAAGAACAGUUCAUACUUAGGGUUCCACCGUCUGUUUCAGAACGAAUUGAUCGGCUUUUGAGCGACGAGGCUUCUACAUCCGACGAAAUCCCUUUGGAUUUGUGUUUCUCAGAGGACGGGAGAAACGGGACGUUUAUGAUUGGAAACGACGAGUUCCCGGCUUCUCUGCUUGAUCUUCCUGCUGUUGUUGAGUCUUGGAAAACUUAUGAUGAUUGUGCAUUGGUCAAAACUGCUGAUAUUGGGCAGAUGAUUAUGGUUAGGGAGCCGGGUGAUCCCGCGCCUAAUACAGUUGAAUACAGACAUGGUUUAACUCCUCCAAUGAAGGAUGCUCGAAAGAGAAGAUUUCGUCGAGAGCCUGACCUUAAUCCGGAGCUUGUACAGCGGGUUGAGAGAGACUUGUUGAAUAUCUUGAGUGGAGGAACGGUAGAAAAUGUAAAUGAGCAAGAGGAAGCAGCCGCAAACGAGAAUGCUAGUAAUGAAAAUAAGAAAGUCUCGUCUUCACCUACACCUGUUGAAAAGCCUGAAGCUCCUGAGACAGGCACUAGUAAUCCAGCAGGAGUUGAGCCAGAGAGAAGUGAAUCAGAAGAUUCUGAUGAUUCAAUACGAAUCCAUACCCGUGAUCAGAAAUGUCGAAUUCAGAUGAGAAGAGUGUCUCGGAGGCCGUAUGUGAUGCUGCAGAAGAAUGGGGCUUUACAAGAUUUACGAGUUCGGUUUGGUUCAAAUGUGGAGGUAUCAGCUAUCUCUACAUUCAAAGAGACUCUCUCUGGGUCAGAAGUUUUGUUUCACAUUGACAUCACUAUGCUAUGGAAUGCCCUUUUUAAGGUCCUCUGCAUUCUCUUCUUCUUUGUGCCGUGUGGCAUUUCUCUUGUUGCAACAGCAAUGGCGACUGAAUCAAUUUGUCUCAAGCCCGUAUCUUUCGCAAUGUUUACGAAAAACCCAUCAAAUCAAUUUCGUAAAAGAAGAAAACUUUCCUGUCGAAUUCAUCGUUUUCGAUUCGGUGUAAUUUGCUCCAAGUCAUCUGAUUAUCAAGAUUUCCAGAGUUAUGCAAGACCUUUGCGUUUGUUAUCAGCAGAAGAAGUGAAAGUUUGUAGAGGGAAUCCAUCUUUCACUGUGAGCGAAACUCGAUCUCUUUAUAAGGUUAAGCUAGAGACAAGUAAUUUGUUUGGUUCAGGGAUUAGUGAUAUGAAUGCUAGAGUUCUUAUAUGCUUGAUAGACGAAAAGGGCGAUUCGGUAUUACAGACGAUACCUGCGAAUUUGUCAUCUUUGGAUCCAGAGGUUGUGGAAAAUGGUGAAAGCUUCAGGUUUCAGAGAGGCUCUGUUGAUGAAUUCACAUUUGAAGGACCGAAACUCGACAAAAUCAGAGCUUUUUGGAUUGGUCUUGAGUCUGGUCAAUGGAGAAUUGGAAGAGUGAGCUUGCGGGUGGUUAUUAGAAGCAUUUUCUGCGUUUUUCCUGUUAAUUUCACCGAUUUUCUUCAGAUUCUUCUUCAAUUUCUUCGUUUCUUCGUCUCUAUCACUCUUGAUUGUUCUUCCGCACACUCGAUUUUGACGAAAAUGGUGAAGAAGGGAGGAAAACUGAGAAAUCAAAGUACUACACCUGACGAUGGUGGUUCUGUUGUUAGAUCUACUCGUAACUCAGCGAUUCUUGAAGAUCCGAAGGUUGCGAUGCCGAAACAACAGCUCACACAACGAUUUGAAGCUUCUGAGGGAAAUGGAUCGAUGUCGAAGAACUUUGACAAUCCACUUACUCUCCAUUCUUCAGAUCAUCCAGUGGUUAAUCCUCGCGGUGAAGGACUUUCUCUUGGACAAACCGAUGCAGAAACUUUCUGUUACCGAUAUGAUUUUGAAGUUGAUGAAAUCUUGCUUGGAGAGAGCAGUGACCUAUCAAUGGUGGAACUCAGAUCUACCCGUAUUACUGAACUCGCCGACUUCGAUCAAAUCUCUUCGUUUACAGCUAUGGAUCUUGACCGUACAACGGUUUCCAAUGAGGAAAGCAUGGAAGAAUACGCAAACUUGAAACGCUCUCUGCUUCUCUAUGAUGCGAUUCUCACCCUUCUUGGAAGUUUGGUCUUUUCCUUCUCACUUGGUGAAAACUCCGCCAUUGCUUUCUUCUUCGGUGGAACAAUGGGAUUUUUCUACUUGCUGCUCUUACAGAGAUCAGUCGAUGAAUUGCAAGCACCGGGAUCUUCUUCAUUCGAAAACUCUGAUCAAAUACUCAGUGGACUCAAUAUUCCGGUUUGGAGCCUUGCAUUGGCCAUAGGAUUGACGGUUUUAGCCGUGAGAGGUCACAUUGGAGGAGAGCUCACUGCAUUUGCAGUCACACCAAAAGAGAUAGUGGUGGGUACUUUGGGGUUUCUCGUAUGCAAAGUAGCCGUUGUUUUGGCUGCGUUUAAGCCCUUGAAGGAUGGUUCUUAACUCUUACGAGAACCAGUGAUCUGUGUUUGUACAUGACUUCGUUGUAUAUAACAGCUAUAUAUGUAAAUAAGAAUAGAUACAUCAC